CGUUUUUUCUGUGGUUUAGCACAACAUGAAUUAGACAAGUAAAAUUAGUCACCAUAAAUUAGCAGAACAACGCAUUCAGUAGUAUGUUAAUCGUUAGAGUUUUAUUAUACCAAUAUUUUUUUGUCGUUAAAGUUCUAUAUAGGAAUAUUACACAACUCACUGAUCCUUUAACAACACACACCUUAUACACUAAAAUGUACUGCCAAUAUGUGCGCUCAUUGGCGCCCCCUCCUGCUGCUUGCGGCCUAGGCGAUCGCCUAGUUUGCCUAUGCCUAGAAACCAGCCUGAUAACGAGCCAGAGAUGAUGCUGGAAAAUGACUCCAAGCCAAAUUAUGAUUCUAUUCAUUCCUCAAUACUGUAGCCCAGGCACACAUAGUUAUACAACUAAGCCAUUCAGCAUGGUAGCCCACACACAUAUAACAUAAUUUCAUGUAUGUUGUAUGUGCAGCCAACAGAAUAUCUGUGGCUGUACUGGCAGUAGCAAGUCUCAGCAGCAGCAACGUAGCAAAUCUAUCCGGUCAAGACCAAAUACAUUACUGUUGCCUUGUCUUUUACCAUUUUAUGUUGAUGUUCUGUUCCUGUAUCACAUCCUGAUUACCAUGUUUGUAGUCCUUUGUAGUUUUUUGCACUUAUUAGGUGUGACUUGUUAGCCCCUGUAUAAAUAAUGACAUGUGCUGUAUAAAGCUCCUAAGAUCAUGUUAUUUUUUUAUUUACAGUUUUAUGGAUUUUUGUCUACUGAAAGUUUUGUGAAAAUAUGUUUGUCAGCUGAACAAUUUGCAUGUUUUCAAACAACGCUGUUCUGUCUCUCACAGCCUCCUUUUCAUUCAUGUCAAAAAUAAAAUUUGGUCUGUGAAGAAAUUUUUUUAAUGAAUAAUUUUAAAAUUAAUCACAAUUUACAUUGUGUAAUUCAGCCUUUUUCUUGCAGGCUUAACAUUUGUCUUUUCUUUUCAGGCAUACCAUUUUUAUGCUUUUGAGAACAAAAUGUACCAACACUUUAGUUGGUGUGUUGCAAUAAGGGAUGCAUAGACAAGAUGGCUAGAUGUCUGUGUGAAUAUUAAAUAACCACAACUGACUUGUGUAACAAUAUUUUUAUCACUUACAAAGAAUUUCUUUGUUUUUGUUUUGUUUAAAUGACUAAUAAAAUAGCUAACCCUGGGUCAUUCUAAACCCUGGGAAAGUGAAAUCCUAGGUUAUCUUGCUUCAUGUUUCACACUGCCCAUACUUUACACAAGGUUAACAAUUUCUAACAAACAUUCCUAAUGUUAUAGAUCUUAUUUGCAUAUUUGUGGUGUCAGUGUCACGCAUUGGACGAGCACAGCACGCAACCUGUUUACAAAAGGUUCUAGCAUUGCACAACCUCAUAUUAUACUGUUUAUUGCAAGAUUAUACUCUCAAGUUUUCCAGAAUUAACUUUUCAGACUAAAAUGGUAAGAAUGAAACACUCUUUUUUUCACUCCAGUUCAUGUGUUUAUACAAUGUGUGUGACUUUGCACAUAAGCACAUAAAUAUAAGGCAUGUGAUUGGCUGUCUGUUGCUAAGCAUCUAUUAGUAACAUUCUAACAAUGUAUUGUUUCACAGUGUACAAAUUUGGCACCACAAUGUGAGAAUGACACCGCAAAAGUGGCGAUAGAACAGCAAUGAACCGAGGUUAAGCACAGUGUGAAAAACCCUAAAUAAAAAUAUCACAAAAAAAUGGUAAAAUAUCUAUUUAGGAAUCUUAGACCUUUCCAGUGAUGUAUAGUUUAUCAUGAUUAGAAUAGGAUUUAUUUGUAAUAUGGUGAAGUAAACUUAGGCAUCCCACUGGGGGCACGGUAACAAUUAAAGGGUUAAAGGUGUCCUUAUUACACGUUACAUGUACUUACUAUUGUAAUAACAAUUAAGUAUGUAUUAACGUAGUAACCCUAAGCCAAACCCUAAUCCUAACCAUAUAGUAAGUACACAUAGUUUGUUAAUAUUAUUCAGUACUUAAAUGUAUAAUUACACUGUAAUAAGGACACCUUAAAAUAAACUGUAACCUAAUUUCAAUCUGUUACAGAGUAAUUAAAUUACAGUUACUUAAGAAAUUGCUGAUUAUUUAUGGACUUUUAGUUGUGUUUUUCCCUGUUCCUGUUCUCCUGCCUUUUGUUCCUUUGACCUAGUUUUUUUUAGUUGCCCAGAUCAUGUCAUUCUGUUCACCUUUGUUCAUUCAAUCAAGUCAUUAGUCUCUCAUUAGCUUUAGUAUUUAUAUUCCCUGUUAUUGUUUGUUUGUAAUUGCUUAGCUUUGUGUUAUGCUACCCCCUGCUCCUGGAUUUUGUGUGUUUGUUUUCUGUGGAUGCAUUAUUAACAGACUUGUUGUGGAUUACUUCGCCGUUGUGCACUUUUUUGAGCACAGAAUCGUUACACAAAGGGGGUUACAUCUGAAUACUUUUAUUAAAUUUCACUAUUGUUAUGAUUUGAAAUCUACAUUAGACCUCAGAACAAUCUCAAAGUAAAAAGAAAAGUCUGAUUUUGUGGUGGCUGUGCUUUAGAAUUAAAUUUUUUAUCGUCUUAAUUCAAGAGAUGAAGGAUUGCUUCUAUUGUUCUCUUUUGUAAGUUGCUCAUUUGUAAGCAUCUGCUAAAUGUAAAUUUAGAAAAAAAGUAAUUAAAAAGUAAUCACAUUUAUAUUACUUUAAUAAAAUAAUUGAAAUACCUUUUACGUUUUAAAUAGGGCAACUUAUAGUCUGUAACCAAUUAUCUAUAAUCUACAUUUCCAAAGUAACCUUCCCAACACUGAUAAGGUAAAUAUCUAGAUAAAUAACCAGGAACAUAACCAGGAACGUUCACUUCUCAAGAACAUAAGGACGUAACAUAUGAGAUUUCCUGGUUCAUAAAACACUUAAUGUUUAUGACCAACCAAAGUGAAUAAUAGAGUCAUAUGAGUUUUACCCAUAAUACUUCCUCUUCCUCACAACAGUCUGAAUUAAUAUGAAUUUCCUUGGGCCUUGAUUCAAUGCACUAUGAAACUGAUAUUUUAAUCACUUUUUUUAUUUUCAGUAUCAUAAGGGGAUAAUUAGACUUUAACAGAAGAAGAAAGAGUUAGAAAUUAUGUACUGUUUGUGUGCCUCCAAAAACAGGAUUGAGAAACAUUUUUCGGGACCAUCUUGGAUGAGCACAGAAACCGGAGAAGGGAAAGCUCUGCUAGUGUCAAUGCACAAAAUGAAACAGAAAAAAACUUUUCCAGAUAUUUUGAUCAAAACAAAGCAGUAAAACAGGAUACAGUAAAAUCAUAAAAUGUAUGCAGUCAGUUACCUUAAUAAUCAACAAAAGUAUGGUUUAUUUUUAUAGGUACAUCUGGAUUUUACAAUUUCUGAGAUUCAGAACUUCCAGAUUUGUUAUCUACAAUAAAGUAUGAUGGGUCUCUGUUUUCUUUUUUUUAUGGGGUUUUUGUAUUUUUCUGAUAUGACAGUUGAGAGCAGACAGGAAAGCAUUGGGUGAAGAGAGGGGGCCAAGAUCAGCAAAGGACCGUGAGACAGGAAUCAAACUCAGGUUGCCAGCAGCACUGUUAUGCUAUGUGUCAGCACACUAACCACUGGGCUAUCAGUGCCAACCUUGUGUCUCCUUAAGAGAAUUCUUUCAUUUUCUUAGUUUUCUUUCUGUUCAUUCAUUCUCAUUUAAAAAUACACGAUUUCAUGUAAUUUUACUAUAUCUUCUUGCCUAAACAGCACGUUUUAUUUAGGGGUGGCUUUCAUGGAUGAAGCUGCAUGCUCGUUGUCUUCAUCGGGGUCUUAACCUGACUGCAGUUCGUCGUCGUAACCGACUUGAGUGGGCAGAUGCUCACAUUUGAUGGCAUCUGGCACUUUGGAGAGGUGUUCUCUUCACUGUACAGGGCAGAUGGCAGACAGCGUGUAUGGCGUCGUUUGGGUAAGCGGUUUGCUGAUGUCAACGUUGUGGAUCGAGUGGCCCAUGAUGGCGUUGGGGUUAUGGUAUGGGCAGGCAUAUGUUGUGGACAACUAACACAGGUGCAUUUUAUUGAUGGCAUUUUGAAUGCACAGAGAAACAGUGAAUAGAUCCUGAGGCCCAUUGUUGUGCCAUUCAUCCAAGACAAUCACCUCAUGUUGCAACAUGAUCAUGCAUGGCCCCAUGUUGCAAGGAUCUGUACAUAAUUCCUGCAUACUUACCUGGCCAGCAAACUGCACUUGAACAAUAUUUGAGAGAAAUAGGCCUUUUGUGUACAUAGAAAAAAAGUCUUAGAUCUUUGAGUUCAGCUCAUGAAAAAUGGGAGCAAAAACAAAAGUGUUGCAUUUAUAAUUUUGGUCAGUGUAUAUGUUGCAGUUUAUCCAUACUACAGUAGAAACAAGAAGGUAAUGCUUUAUAAAACCAUGCUGUGAUCCGUAAGGUUUCAAGAUUUAAGAGGUUAUGAACUAUAACUCUACUUUUCUUUGUUCCUUUGCUAUAAAGACAGCAGACAGCGAUGGAUCCACUGCAAUUGUUAUCUACUCUAUUUUGCAAUGUGGAAGUAAGCAUUAUUUGUUACAAACCAGUGUGUUUAUGAUUGUGACUAAACAUUAAAAUAUUCUAACAAAUAAUUAAUAACAAAUAAUAUGUACAUAAAAUAACUGAAUAAAAUAACUGAAAGUGAGUGACACUGGAUGUUUCGCACAUUCAAGUUACAAAUGGCCUUUACACAUAAAGGUUCUUUACAUGUACACUCUUAAAAAUAAAGGUUCUUUAUUGGCAUCAGUGGUUCUAUGAAUAACCUUGAACACCUAUGGAAACUUUCAAAUGCAGAAAAGGUUCUUUAGAUUUUUAAAAUGUUCUUCAAAAUGGUUCUUUUAGAAACUGUUUAUUGAAAGGUUCUUUGGGGAACCAAAAAUGGUUCUUCUAUGGCAUCACUGCAAAAACACCCUUUUGGAACCUUUAUUUUUAAGAGUGUAACAGUUCAAUUUACAACCAUAUCAACUUGAAGAAGCUUUUUUUUACAGAAAUGGUUCUUGAGUUCUUUAUUCACGCCUUUUUGUUUUUCAAAUCUAUAACUGUUAAAGCCACCUCUUUAUUGAUUUUGAAGCUCAGUUAUCCAAUCACACAGACUGUCAACACACUCUCAGCACAUAGAAAUCAUUCUUAAAAUAUCUGGUUUCAUGCUUUUUUCUCACUUUAGUUUAACUGAACAUGUCAGUGCAAACAGUUCUGUUCAUUUAUAGAUCCUUCUUUAUUCUUCUCCACUAAGUACUGUAAGUAUCAGAUUCAGACUGAUAUCAGAAGUUUUUUUUAAAGCUAUCCCAUAAUUCCCAUUUUAAAUUGAGUAACUUGUAAUCUGUAACCUAUUAAUUGUAUUAUCUAUUUCCAAAAUAACCUUCCCAACUCUGAUGAUCAAAUCAUCUAGAUAAAUAAUUAAGAAUGUUCAUAACUCAAGAACAUAAGGACAUAACAUAUGAGAUUGCCUGGUUCAAAAAACACUUAAUGUUUAUGACCAACCAAAGUUAAUACCAGGGUCAUAUGACUUUUACCUAUAAUACUUCCUCUUCCUCGCAGCAGUUUGAAUUAGUUUGCUGGUAUUACUCAUAUAAAAUUCCUUGAGCCUUGAUUCAAUGUACUAUAAAACUGAUAUUUUCAUGAGAAAAUGUACAUGACCUUUAUAGCAUAUGGGGAUACUGCUGAAAAAAAUACCUGGUCACCCAGCUUAGCUGGUCAUAGCUGGUCAGCAGGCUGGUUUUACAGGGGGUUUGGCCACUUCCUUAGUUGGAACAACCAGCUAAAGCCAGCCUGACCAGCCUAGGAUGGGAGAUCAGGUAAACCAGCUACUUCCAUCUUAAACAAGCUAAGAUCAGCCAGCCAGCUUAGGCUGGUUUUAGCCGUUUUUUUUCCAGCAGGGUAAAACGAAAGAGAAUAUGUACUGUUUGUGUGCCUCCAAAAAUAGGAUUGGGAAACAGUUUAUGGGACCACCUAGGAUCAGCACAGAACACAUUGGGAAAGCUCAGCUAGUGUGAAUGCACAAAACACAACAGCAAAUACUUAUUCGGAUAUUUGGUUAAAACAAAGCAGUAAAAAAUAGUAACCUUACUUAAAUAAUAGAUUAAAGUUGCAUUUAAUCAGGGGCAGCCAUAGGCCUAAUGGUUAGAGAGUCCGACUUGUAACUGAAAGGUUGCAUGUUUGAGUCCCAGGUCCGGCAGGGACUGAAGGUAGGGGGAGUGAAUAACCAGUGCUCUCUCCACCCUCAGUACCAUGACUGAGGUGAGUCCCUUGAGCAGCUGCUCCCUGGGUGCUGCAGCGGUAGCAAUAUGGCUGCCCACUGCUCCUGGUGUGUGUUUGUUCACUACUCACUACUGUGUGUGUGUGCACUUGGAUGGGUUAAAUGCAGAGCACAAAUUCCAAGUAUGGCUCACCAUAAUUGGCCACAUGUCACGUCACGUCCUUUCCUUUUUUUUUCUUUUUUAAAUAUAGGGUCAUUAAAUGUAAGAUACAAUAAAAUCAUAAAACCUAUUCAGGUCAGUUAGUUUAACAACACUUAAAAUUUCUAAGAUUCUCAACUCCCAUUUCCGCAUUUGUUAUCUACAACAAAGUAUGAUGGGUCUGUGUUUGCUAUAAAUAUCAUGUGCACAUGUGUCUCCCUGAGAGGAUUCUUUCAUUUUCUUUAGUUUUCCUUCUGUUCACACAUUCAACAUGCUGGUGCAAACGCUAAGCUGGUUCAUUUGUAAGUAUCGAUUUAGAACCAGUUCAACUUGAUUGAUUUCCAUUUUUCAGUUUUUCAUUUUGUUUCAUUUUGUUUAUUGGCACCCAAACUCCCGAACAGCCUUCCUGAUAACGUUCGGGGAUCAGACACACUCUCUCUGUUUAAAUCUAGAUUAAAGACACAUCUUUUUAGCCAAGCAUUCAAAUAAUGCAUCUCAUAAACUUUUCCUGCAGCUAUAUCUGAUCAAAUGUUCAUUAUUAAUCUUUUAGCUCUGGUUUAACAAACCUUCCUUUUCUUAGUUUGAACAGCAGCUACGCUAAUUAUGUUCCUAUUUGUUCUCUGUUUUUGCCAUGGGAUUGACAUCCCAUGGUAACUAGGAAUUCACAAGCUCCAGUGUGGAUCCAGAACACUUAAGAAGAGAUGAUGCCAACCCCACAGAGGACUUCAGAUGAUGCCAACCCUGAAAACAUACAGCACUACCGGAAUUCUGCUACUAAUUUAUAGUGUUCUUUGUCUGUUUGAUUACGUCAUUAAUUGAUCUUUACCACACAUCUCUGCCAUAUGUACAUCAAGCUACUACUACAUAUAUUGUAAAAAUGUCAAUUUGGUGUAAAGCUGCUUUGCAACGAUAUGUAUCGUGAAAAGCGCUAUACAAAUAAAUUUGAAUUGAAUUGAAUUGAAUUAUUUGAUUUUCAGUGCUGCUGUUUCUGUCUCAACAUGGAGUAGAAGCAUACAAAAUAAUGCUGAUAUGUGAAGGAGGAUCUGCAUUCCUCAGCUGUGGUGUGGGAUACAUAACGGUUGUUGAAGCCAACUAUGGACGGACUGAUAGUGUAACAUGCACAAGUGGGAGACCAGCUAAUCAGAUUUCAAAUACGCACUGCUUCCAAGAAUCAUCCCUCAGUACAAUGACCACUCGGUGUAAUGGAAGAAACAGCUGUCUUGUUAGUGCAGCAAACUCAGUUUUCCCUGAUCCUUGUACUGGGACAUAUAAAUACCUGAAUUUGACUUAUGACUGUCUCCCAGCAAGAAGAAGUGCAACCUGUGAAAAUACCCAAAGCGUCAUUGUCUGUGCUACUGGUGUCAUUUUUGUUGAUCAUGCCAAUUAUGGACGACGGGAUCUUGUAACCAGACCUAAUAAAUUAGCAACAACACCACACUGUUACUCUCCUCAGACCAGGAGUAUGUGUUCCAGGUGCGAUGGGAGGAAGUCUUGUCAACUACAUGCUUCAAGUUCUCUCUACACUGAUCCAUGUAGGGGUGUCCAUAAGUAUCUAGAAGUGACGUUCAACUGUGCAUAAGAUGCUACUAAUAUUGUUUUUACAAUAAAUUGCAAUUUACUUUAGAAUAAAAUAAAAUAAUAUAAUGAACCUUUACAUUUUACAACUUAGAAAACUUUUGAAAACUGAAUACUGUCAUGUUCCCUGUCUUGUGUUGGAUUUAUAUGUUGUAGUUCUUGUCUCCUGAGUUUCUUGUGCCAGUUUGUAGUCCUUCUGUAAUUUCUUGUUUAAUUGGUUCCCCUUAAUUGUCUUUCCAGGUGUUGUCCUGUUAUCUUGUUACCCUUGUUAGUCUGUAUAAAUAGGCCUUGUUGUUACAUGUACCUGUUUCUUGUUUUGAUUAUGUUGUUCUUAUUAAAAUUCCUGCACUUUUUUUCUUUGAUUCCUUCAUUACACAUACUGAUUUGAUGAGCCUUUUAAACUACAACACAAACAAGCCUCUUCUCACAC